ACUCCUCCUCACAUUUAUUCCUCUUUUAGACCAUGUUCAAUGGAAUAUUUGUAUCUCCUAGCAGGAGUGCUGCUUCAUCUGGAACUUAAACCUCUAGGCCAGCAGAACUUGAGAUCAUGAGAGCAGGAAGAAAAAAAAAAAAAAAACCAUGGGGAGGGGAGUCACUAGGAUUGAUAGAGAGUAGAAUUAUUCCCAUUUCCAUCCCCUUGAUUACUGGACCUGUGGAUCCUAGCUGUGGGAGAAACUAUACCAUAUAUUGGACACUGAUUCAAUGCAUGUGUCAUCUUCUGGAGAACUUGUCCCAGUCAUCCAGGCUGCUGUGGCCUAAUUGGCACUCUCAGUGUAUCUUCAGAAGGCUGUUUCAUCAUUCUCUCAGGCCAGCUGCUUCAGGACGAUGGAGAACGGGAUAAGAUCAGCAGGCAUGGGCCCACUGUUGCUCCUCUAUGGCUGUGAAAUGAGUUCCUUGGUUAGAAGCAAUGCUAUAUGGAACAACAUGGCAGUGAAGAAAGCAUUCUGUCAGUCUACAGAUGAUAGCUUUGGCAGAAGCAGUCCAUGCAGGAAAGGCAAACCCAUAAUCAGAAUAAGUUAUCUAUUCCAGUAUCUAUUCUGUGUUGCGUGAGACAUUCAAUGGAAUGUCAUUUUAGGCUCUCUGGCAGCAGGGAGGGACAGUUUCUGUGAACUGAACCUCGAACCUCCAUUCAGAAGCAUAUUUAUUGAUUGUACACAAAGGUUGUGUUUGGGGUACAACAAGUUCCUCAUACCAAAGCCCCUUCGAUCUAUUCUAUAUGUUCUCUGAAGGAAACCAUCACAGCCUGCAACCUUGGUCCUCAUUGUGUAGUGUUUGCAGUACCCAAUAAUUCAAGACCCUCCAAGUGAGCCUCAAUAGUCCUGUGACUAAAGCCAUGCAAUGGAUGGAGAAGCCUUUCAGAAAAACAAACUCUAUAAAUCAUAGACAGCUAUCAUUGUUCUCUGCUAUGAUUUUUCCAAGUGUUGAUCUCCGCUCUGUUGACUUUGAUCAGCAGCCCUAAAACGGAUUCUCAGGCUGCAGUGUCCUGUCCUCCGUCCUCACUGAGUGGCUCCUGGUCCUUUCCUCUGUGCAGUUUCCUCUAGCAGCUCAACCGACUCUCUUCAUCUUGCUCCGCUCAUCACAGUCCUCAACUUCACAGGGAAAAUGGAGGAGCGUGGAAGGCCCUUUAGGCCUGUUACAUCUGCUGGGAAACAAGACUUGAAACCAAAGAGUUAACUCUAAAGUCCAACAUUAUUGAAAAAUUGCCCUAUGGGGCCAUAAUGGAAAAAGAAGAUUUCUGGCAUUCAGCUUUAGGGUCUGUCUGGGACCCCUCUUGUCGGCUAGAGGGGCAGCAGGAAAGAUAUCUGGGCCAAGUGGCAGUGGCCCAAAAGGAAACCUUUAAUGAGAAGAGGGUAUGUGAUGGUAAUAAAACUGAAAAUUGUUCCAUUGAGGGUUCAAUGCUUAACACAGCACAAGGCAUUCCUUUGCCAAAAAGGCCUCGCAAUUGGAAUUCACGUGGAAAAGAUUCCAAGCAGACUUCCAAGUUAAUGAAAUCUCCAAGAAUGUUUAUAGGGAAGAAAAUAUAUGAAUGUGACGCCUGCAGGAAAACCUUCAGCCAGAGCUCCUCCCUGCUUAAGCACCAGAGGAUCCACACUGGGGAGAAACCCUAUAAAUGCAACGUGUGUGGCAAGCACUUCAUUGAGCGCUCCUCCCUCACCGUCCACCAAAGGACUCAUACCGGAGAAAAACCCUACACAUGUGAUGACUGUGGGAAAGCCUUCAGUCAGAGCAUGAACCUCACUGUGCAUCGAAGAACGCACACUGGAGAGAAACCCUAUCAGUGCAAAGAGUGUGGAAAAGCUUUUCGUAAGAAUUCAUCCCUGGUCCAACAUGAAAGGAUUCAUACCGGGGAGAAGCCCUACAAAUGUAGCGACUGUGGGAAAGCUUUCACACAGAGCAUGAAUCUGACAGUGCAUCAGAGGACUCACACCGGAGAAAAGCCCUAUGAAUGUAGCGAGUGUGGAAAAGCCUUCAGUCAGAGCAUGCAUCUUAUUGUGCAUCAGAGAAGUCACACCGGGGAAAAACCCUAUGAGUGCAGCGAAUGUGGAAAGGCCUUCAGUAAAAGCUCGACACUCACUCUACACCUGCGAAAUCACACUGGAGAGAAACCCUACAAAUGUAACAAAUGUGGCAAAUCCUUUAGUCAAAGCACAUACCUUAUAGAACAUCAGAGACUUCACUCUGGAGUGAAACCUUUCGAAUGUAACCAGUGUGGGAAAGCUUUUAGUAAGAAUUCUUCUCUUACUCAGCACCGGAGAAUUCACACUGGUGAGAAGCCUUACGAGUGCAUGGUGUGUGGAAAGCAUUUCACGGGGAGGUCAUCCCUAACUGUCCAUCAGGUGAUACACACUGGAGAGAAACCGUACGAGUGCACUGAAUGCGGGAAGGCCUUCAGCCAAAGCGCCUACCUUAUUGAACAUCAAAGAAUCCACACUGGUGAAAAACCCUAUGAAUGUGACCAGUGUGGGAAAGCGUUCAUUAAGAAUUCAUCCCUCAUAGUGCACCAGAGGAUCCACACAGGAGAGAAGCCCUAUCAGUGUAAUGAAUGUGGGAAGGCCUUCAGUAGGAGUACAAACCUUACAAGACAUCAGAGGACUCAUACAUGAGAGUUGUCACUGGCACCUUCAUCUUGAGUAAUUCUUUAAUAAUAAUCAUGUCAUAUCAAUGUAGAUGCUUAAUAACCAUAACUAAGGUGGGAACCUUUUAGUUGAAGUACAGCAUAGCAUACCAGAGUAACCAUAUGAAAGCUAUGAACACUUUCAUUCAGAUGGUGAAGUCUUGUAUCUAAUACACAAAUGAGGAAGACUUCAGCUGAAAAUAAGCUCUAGCGUGUCAUACUGGGAAUUCUGAUUUGGGCCUCACAGAGUUUUCACACUGGAUAGAAAAUGUGGUAGUACUUAACUGGACAGCCCAAAAGUCUGGCAUAUAGUUCUAACCCCCAUUAACUUAAAUAAGUCACCCACUUUCAUCCGGUUACAGUGUCCUUAUGUGGUAAAUGAGAGAGUUGGAAUUUAGAAGGCCUGUGGGAUCUCUUAGAUAAAAUGUCCAAAAGCAAGAUGCAGGGAAGUUUUUGUGGUUGGUUUUUUUGUUUGUUUGUUUUUGCCCUCCCCCCCCCCCCCGUUUUUAUUUCACAUAGUGGUUUUAUUUCAUAUGGUGGUUUUUCUGGAAUGUUCCUCUACCUCUAACUCCUAUUGUCCUUCAAGUUUUUCCCUUUCCCUGAAUUGAUUUAUCUCCUAAAAUGUAGGCUAGUUGCUAUUGGGUGGCAGAUAAACUGUGCAUAUUUUAAUGCCACAGCAUGCUGUUUUGAAUUCUCAACUAAUAGUCAUUAAACUGUUGUUGAAUAAGCUGAUUGUAUUUAUAUGAAAAUGUGACUUAAAUAUAAUCUUUAAAAACUUAAGUAUCAAUGCAUAUCUUUGUGUCUUACUAGACUGUCAUGGAAAUUCAAAGACAUGUGGGUUGAAUACUAAUGGUGCUGGACAGUUUUAUGUCAGCUCAACAUAAGCUAAAGUCAUCUAAGAGGAGGGAACCUCAAUUAAUUCCUCCAUAAAAUCGGGCUGUAGGCAAGCUUGUAGGGCAUUUUCCUAAUUAGUGAUUGAUGGGGUAGGACCUAGCCAUUGUGGGUGGUACCAUCCCUGGGCUGAUAGUGCUGGGUUCUGUAAGAAACCAGGCUCAGCAAGCCAGCAGGCAGUACUUCUCCAUGGCCUCGGCAUCCCUCCUGCCUCCAGGUUCCUGCCCAGUUUGAGUUUCUGUCCUGACUUUCUUCAAUAAUGAACAGUGAUACGGAAGUGUAAACCAAAUAAACUCU